AUGGGCGACUUGCCAGCCGAUCGCGUCACUGCCAUCCGACCAUUCGCUGGAGUCGGAACUGAUUUUGCUGGCCCUGUCUUAGUCAAGUCGUCCUGCUUUCGUAACGCGUGCUCAUAUGGAGCCUACCUGUGCGUGUUCGUAUGCCUCUCCACUAAGGCCGUUCAUCUGGAACUUGCUUUCAAGCUGUUCAAACGGAAUAAUAACAAGAAGGCGACUCGAAAUCGCGUGUCGCCAGCACUGGUCCGCUCUCCAUCGUUUAGCGGUACAGUGGACGCGCGGCCCGAGAUAGACCUCCAACGCUUCUGCCCGUGUAGGACUUCCCUCCCACCCCUGAACAUCUCGAACGAGUCGUACGAGAACUCCUACUACAGCAGUUACAACAGCUACGACUCGCACAACGAUAGUCUACGGAGCUACAACGAGUCGUGCGUGAGUUCGGCUCGCUCAGACUCUGCGUACGAUUCGACUCGUAGCAGUCCCGCCCAGACCAGACCGGUCUGCUACGCGACCGUUACGUACUUCAACGUGAAUGACAGCGAAGACAGUAGCAGCAUUCACACCGAAUAUACGCUACUCGACUACGACCCGGAUGCGAAUGAAGACGAGAAAGCUCAGAACAUGAUCAAUGAGAGUCUGGAGCUCGUUAGUACGUUAUGA